CAGGACAGCCUCCCCCCCCCCCCAUCAUGCUCUUCUGGCACGGUCAACCUGACCAUUACUGGUCCAGUGCUGGGGAGAUGUUCCCCAUCUCCGGCUCUGGGCUGCUCAGGGACCCCCCCGCGUUGCCCUACCUGAAGCAGGAGGAAGCCAACGGCGUCUCCACCUCGCAGCCCCCCUGCCCGGUUUUCCAAUACGUCCUCUGCGCCCCCACUUCUCCCGCCGUCCGGCACCACGAGGAGACCCUCACCUACCUCAACCAGGGGCAGUCGUAUGAGAUCCGCAUGAUGGGGAGCCCCCGGGCGGACCCCGGCGGGGAGGGACGGAGGAUGCUCAAGAGCGUGGUGCGCGUGGUCUUCCACGACCGGCGGCUGCAGUACUCGGAGCAGCAGCAGCUGGAGGGCUGGCGGUGGAGCCGACCGGGCGAUCGCAUCCUCGACAUCGACAUCCCCCUCUCCGUCGGCAUCCUCGAACCCCAAAUCCACCCCACGCUGCUCAACACGGUGGAGUUCCUCUGGGACCCCUCCAGGCGGACCUCCGUCUUCGUGCAGGUUCACUGCAUCAGCACCGAGUUCACGCUGCGGAAGAACGGGGGGGAGAAAGGCGUCCCCUUCCGCAUCCAGAUCGACACUUACGGGGUGGGGGGCAAGGGGGACCCCCCCGAGCACCUCCACUCUGCCAGCUGCCUCGUCAAGGUGUUCAAGCCCAAGGGGGCCGAUAGAAAGCAGAAGACGGACCGGGAGAAGGUGGAGAAGCAGCCGGCGCCGGAGCGGGAGAAAUUCCAGCCGGCCUACGAGAGCACCGUGCUGGCCGAGUGCGCCCCGUGGCUGGAUGCGCUGGGUGCACCCCACAGCCCUCCGGGCACCCCGGGGCUGCCGUCCCCUCUCCCCUGCAAGCUGCUGAGCCCCGAGAGGGGGUGCGUGUCGCCUGCCUGCGCUGCCGAGAGCCCCACGGAGAGUCCCGGCGAGGCGCUGAGCCCCUGCGCAUCCCCCCUGGAGACGCAGCAAUGGCUGCACAAGCGCCGCUUCUCCGCCUACGCCCGCGUCUUCGCCAACUUCGCAGGCGCCGACCUGCUGAAGCUCUCCCGCAGGGACCUGAUCCAGAUCUGCGGAGCCCCCGACGGCAUCCGCCUCUGCCACGCGCUGACGGGCAGGUGCCCGCGGCCCCGGCUGACCCUCUACGUGUCGCGGGAGCCCACGGUGGGGGCCGAGGGCGCGGAGGACGGAUGCUCAGGGCUGUACCAGGAGAUGCACCUGGAGGAGCUGACGGUGGCCGAGCUGACAGGGAAACUGGCCGAGCUGCUGGGGUUGCCCGCGGGCCAGAUCCUGCGGGUCUCCCGGCAGGGACCCUCCGGCAUCCACAUCCUCGUCAGCGACGUGAUGAUCAGGAACCUCCUGGAUGAGACGUGCUUCGUGGUGGCCAUCAGCAAAGGUAACGUGGUGGCCAGGGGCCGCGGGCAGGGGACGAUGGCCCCGGCUGAGCCGCGUCUCUGGGCAGCGCGUGGCCCCGAGGGGUUCCAGCUGCUGCUGCGGUAGGACCUGGCCCCCCGCGCUGCGUCGCCCCCGCCAAGGCCAAGGGACAUCUCCUGCGGUGCCGGAGCUGAGCGGGAUGGAGAGAGGAGCCGGAGGCUGGUGGGAGCCCGAAGGGACGAGGGGAAGGGUCCCGGCCUGGCUCCCGUCUCGCCUCCGUCCCUUUCUCCCCGCGCUGAUGGCGGCUGCGUCCCCCACCCGCCGCGUUGCCUUCGCCUCACCCCCAUCUUGUGUUAAGGGACGGAAGGAGCCGGCCCCGAGCGCAGCCUCGUCCCCUGCGGCGCCUGCUGGGCUGUGGGCGAGGGGUCCCGGGGGGCUGGCACCUGCCGUGGGGUUGGGAGCAGCCCCACGGGGCGGGGGGGGGGUUUGGGGCACGGGGACACCGGGGCAGAGCCAAGUCCUGUCCCAGCCCGCAGGGACGGGGACGGCCAUGGCAGCCCCCGCUGGCAAACCCCCGAGAAGUCUCAUUUCUGCGCUUUUGGCUCGGGGAAGGGGUUGUUUUUCAUACCAAGUCCUUCCCCUGAGCGCUGCCCGGUGCAGGGGUCGGGGGGGGGGGCGCAGAGCUGGGUGGGGAAGCGAAGACUGGGGGGGGGCACCUUUGGGAGGAAGCAACUUGCGGGCGAAGGAUGGGUUUGGGAUAAAAAACCCAGCGGGAGCUUCCCCAGAAGGAGGAGGGAGGCGGAGAGGAGCCGGGGGACGCGGGCGAGGAGCGGGGAGGGCACCCAGGCACCCAUCCCUCCCCCCCGGAGCCUUCAUCAGAAGAAGACAAGACGCUUUAAACCUCAUUUUUGGGGCAGACCCCCCCCCCUCACCCCCCCCGCCGCGGGACGCUGGAGCGAAGAACAUUGUCAUACCGACCCCCCAGCCACCCCCCGGCCCAGCAAAAAAAGAAACCCAAAAAACCCGCGACAGCAGGGGCCACCCGUGGACAACACAUUCAGAGUAAAAUUAAACAAAAAAAAAAAAAAAAAGGAAA